GCCGCGCCUGCGCAGAAGGCCGGGGCCGGCGAGGGGCGGGCGGCGCGAGGGAGAUGGUGUCUGCAUUCCAGAUCUCUUGAUGUGGAGCCAUCAGUUGUAUAAUGCUGGUUGAAUAAUUCAGUCACCCAAGAGGAUAUUAGUCUGCUGAAUAGUCUGGGACAGUCUAACGAGUACAAUGUUGACUUUUUUUUUAGCAUAAGCUUAAAUCGUCUCAGAGGGACAAGGUCCGCCAGUUUAUGGCAUGCACUCAGGCUGGCGAGAGAACUGCUAUCUACUGCUUAACGCAGAAUGAGUGGAGACUAGACGAGGCCACGGACAGCUUCUUCCAAAACCCAGACUCGUUCCACAGGGAGUCCAUGCGGAACACUGUGGACAAGAAGAAGCUGGAGCAGCUGUACGGCAGGUACAAAGACCCACAAGAUGAAAACAAAAUUGGAAUAGAUGGGAUCCAACAGUUUUGUGAUGAUCUGCACCUAGAUCCUGCCAGUAUCAGUGUAUUGGUCAUCGCGUGGAAGUUCAGGGCAGCAACUCAGUGUGAAUUUAGCAGGAAGGAAUUUCUAGAUGGCAUGACAGAACUUGGGUGUGACAGCACGGAGAAGCUAAAGGCUCUUCUGCCAAGACUGGAGCAGGAGCUGAAAGAUACAGCCAAAUUUAAAGAUUUUUAUCAGUUUACCUUUACCUUCGCUAAGAACCCGGGGCAGAAGGGUUUAGACUUAGAAAUGGCUGUUGCAUAUUGGAAAUUAGUGUUAUCUGGAAGGUUUAAGUUUUUAGAUCUCUGGAACACAUUCUUACUGGAACAUCACAAAAGAUCAAUUCCAAGGGACACCUGGAAUCUCCUGCUGGACUUUGGAAACAUGAUUGCAGAUGAUAUGUCUAACUACGAUGAAGAAGGAGCUUGGCCCGUUCUUAUAGAUGAUUUUGUAGAAUAUGCACGGCCAGUAGUCACAGGUGGAAAGCGCAGCCCUUUCUAGGCAGCAAGUUAAGCUGGAGUAAGAUUAUGAAAUGAUUUGCAUCCUGCCAGGAGAUUUUGGUCAGUUCCUAGGUGCAUUGUUACUGAUUCCAGAAGUCAUUCUUGACCAGCCAUGAAACCAGAGGAGUCACCGCAUUCUGCCGGAGGACAGCAGCGGCUGCCUUGUGGACAUCGCAGGAAGUUCCUCAGGACACAGCUACUUUGGAUGUUUAGAUUUGUCAUCAUAGCUGUUGCGUUAGGAGAUUUCUGCAUGAUUUUUUAAUAUUCACAAAACAGUAAGGUAGAGCCGUAGUGCCACCUGUGGGAGCGCAGAGCAUGCUGCAGCGCGCAUCCACUGAGUGACGCUGCCGCCACACUGGAGACACGGCGUGUGUCCUGUGGGAGCGCAGAGCAUGCUGCAGCGCUCAGCCACUGAGUGACGUGGCCACCACACUGGAGACACGGCGUGUGUCCUGUGGGAGCAGCAGAGUAUGCUGUAGCGCUCAGCCCCUGAGUGACGCGGCCACCACACUGGGGACGUGGCGUGUGUCCUGUGCAGGAUGCUGUGUUUUACACACAUCAAAGCUGUUGAGAAUGUGUCCUAAAGAAGAUGAUCUUGUCAUAGAGUCUAAUGGUUUUUAAAAUUGGUGCCAGGAAUUCAAGAUUUAUAUUUUUUGAAUUAUCGAAUGACUAGAUUUAUCGGCUCUAUUUUUGUUUUCAUUUUCUCUAGACAUUCAUCUGAAAAUCAUUUCAUGGUUCUCAGUCCCCAUGUAGCUUUGCACAGCAACAGCACACGUGGCACGAUUCCAGCAGAGUUUGUUUCACAGUUUAUAUGUCAGUGGGCCUCUUUUACUUCAUUCAAUAAUGUUACUUGAACUGCCUGAGAAGUUUCAUAAAGUACGUUUUAAAAAAUAUUCUUUUAAUUACAUUUAAAAAGACAUUUUUCCAUGAAAAAUAUGUAUGAGUGAUUAAUGAUAAAGUUUCAAAUCGAAUGAGUUGGUUCUUUCCACCCUCCUGUGGUGCCCAUAGCACCCAGCAUCCAGACCUUUGUGUAGCCGUGCACAUUUGGAAGCUAAAAUCUACAUCAUUGUCCGAAAAAACCCAGUCCCAAAACCUUCAGCUGAUUGGUGAGCUAAAGCCUGUCUUUGAGCCAUGUUAUCAUCUGCUUUUCGUGUCUGCCUGGUGAAGGAGGACCCGUGAGUGCCGCCGUGGCAUGGAGGGCUGGUGUUGAGUUGUGAACAUCACCGUUUUGACCCUACCUCACAUGUGCCGAGACCCUAGUGCCUUGCUGUCCCCCUGCAGCACCGUGCAGGAUGCAGACCAGCUGGAGCUGCUCCCCAGGAGAGAGAAGAGUCACCUGCCGCAGACGACCUAGCUGCAGUGACAGAGCAUGGCCCAGACGUGCAGCUGGGUUGGCUUCAAGAACAUCUGGUGGCUGAGGUUCGUGUGCCUAGCAGCUGCAGGACAAACUAUCAACACUUCUCAGCAGAGAUCAUCACAGAGGGCAGCAGGGACAGGACUGGAAGGGACCUGCAGCCUGGAGAUCUGCCUGGCCCCAGCUGGCCCCUGGCUGGUCAAGUGAUGGACAAGUCACAGGCCUUCCUGACGCUCUGCUUCCAAAUCUCUAACAGGAAACUGGGCCAUGUCUGCCUUUAGAAGGCUUCAAUUCUCAGAGAGCAUUUGUUUAAUACAAAACACUGGCUUUUAUAAAAACCUCAAAAAUAUUAAAAGCACCUUCUAGGCGUCCUGGAUUCUUGACAUGUAAUUGUUCUGUUCAGAAGAGUUUAUAUAAUUCAGAUAAUUCUGUAUAAAUAAUGGAGAUCUGCAGUGCUUUUUUGUUUUUGAGAUUUAAAGUUCUAAGGGAUUGUCAAUAGAUACCAAAAUAUUAAUCACUGGACAAAAGCUUUUCAAACAGUUAUGGGUUUUUUUCUUCUGUUGUAUACAUUUGAGUCCUGCAUGUUGUGAAAUGCUGAGAACAGAAGCAUUAAAUUGGUUUCUCUUGGG